ACGACGCCAUGUUUGUUCCCCGGAACCAAAGAACUGCGGCGGCUCAGUUCCUCGGUGAGCCUGUUUACCUGCGACACACGACGCUCUCACACAUGUCGGGGGGAACCAUGGCUAGUGGGGAUGUGUGGAGUGUGCUGGAGGACUGCGUGAAGACAAUAAACGCCAACACCGCACAGCCGGAGAAGUUUUUAAGCCUUCAAGAUGGAGUUGCAGCCGACUUUACGUCCCUCACCAAGACCCUUUACGACCUCAACAAAGCUCACGAGCCUGCAGGCUUCACAGGCAGCGCUCUGGCUCAGCUGGUCGUGGAAAACUUUGACGAGGAGCAGAUUUGGCAAGAGCUGGAGCUGCAGAACGGUGCCGUGCUGACACACUUUAAAAAUGCCAUUGAUGAGGCUUUAUCAGACGAGACAUUGACUUUGCUGGUGCAGGAGGAGGAGGAGGAGGAGGAGAGUGGUCAUGAGGAAGAUGGAGCAAUAGAUGAUGAAGAUGUUGAUGAGGAAGAGGAGGAGGAGGAUGAAGAGGAGGAGGAAACACCCAGACAGUCAAAGAAAAUGCCUUCUGAGGAUUACUCAGACGAGGACUCAGAUUUAGAUUUUGAUGUGGAUGCUCUGGAGAAACGAGAGAAACGUAAGAAGGAGGUCGGCAAAAAAGGCUCCAAAACAAAAGUGGUUCCCUCCGAGGUGGACGAUAAGUUCUUCAAACUGUCGGAGAUGGAGACGUUCCUUGAUGACAUGGACAAGCGCGAGGGGAAGGAGGACGAAGGUGACGUGGAUUAUUUCCAGGACCUGCCGUCUGGUGAGGACGACGAGCUCGACUUCGAUCAAAUGGUGUCCUCCAAAAAGAAAAAGAAAACCACUGCCAAGAGCUCCAGGAACCUCAAGUACAAGGACUUCUUUGACGCUGUGGACGGGGAACCAGCCAAAACAGACGAGCGGUCAGAUGGAGAGGACGAAAGCCAGGAGGAAGGUGAAGAAGAGAUGGAUGACGAGGAUGAUUACGAGGGCGAAGAGGAGGGUGACGACGAAGACGAGGACAGAAGUCGGCUCAAAGCGCCUCAAAAGAAAGUGACCUUUAACUUUUCUGGGGAUGACGACAGCGAGGGAGAGGACAUGGAGGACAUCUUUGGAGGGAAAGCUCCGAGCUCAGCAAAGUCCGAGUCAAAGUCGUCUUUUGAGAAGCGGCAAGAAAAGAUGUCAGCGAAGAUAGCGGACCUGGAGAAAGCGGCUCUGGCGGAGAAGCCGUGGCAGUUAACCGGGGAGGUGACGGCUCAGUCUCGUCCAGAGAACAGCAUGUUGGAGGAGCACGUGGAGUUUGAACAGGCGUCCAGGAUGGCGCCUGCUGUCACGGAGGAAACCACACUGCAGCUUGAAGACAUAAUCAAACAGAGAAUUAAAGACCAGGUGUUUGAUGACGUGGUCCGAAAGGAGAAACCCAAAGAGGAGGUGUUUGAGUACAAGAAGAGGUUAACGCUGGACCACGAGAAGAGCAAGCAGAGUUUAGCAGAAAUCUACGAGCAAGAAUACCUCAAGCAGAACCAGCAAAAGACGGAAGAAGAGGAGAAUCCGUCCCAUGUAGAAAUUCAAAAACUUAUGGAUACACUCUUCAUAAAGUUGGACGCUCUGUCCAACUUCCACUUCACACCUAAACCUCCUGUUCCUGAGGUCAAAGUGGUUUCUAAUCUACCAUCCAUUGUGAUGGAGGAGGUGGCUCCGGUCGGCACUAGCGACGCCACACUCCUCGCACCACAAGAAGUCAAGGAGAAGAACAAGGCAGGAGACGUACUGGGCGCCACGGAGAAGACCUCGACGGACAAGAAGCGCGAGAGGCGCCACAAGAAGAAGGUGAAGCGUCUGAAGAUCCGGGAGAAAGAGCAGAGGCAGAAACUCAAAGAGGCCAGUAAAGCCGGGGAGAACAAGAAGCCUUCGAAGGCCGAAGUCACGGAAACCCUGAAGAAACUCACGAAGGGAGGCAAAGCCACGAUACUCAAGGAUGAGGGAAAGGACAAGGCUCUGCGUUCCUCUCAGGCUUUCUUCACUCAGCUGCAGGACCAGGUGAAAAGUCAGAUCAAAGGAGCAAAGGACCAGUCGUCAAAGAAGAAGAAACAAAAGCAGCUUUCUGUCACCAAACUCAAGUUAUAACAACCUGUAAUGGUUCGUUGUGGAUUGUGACCUUUUCACUGUACAGAUUCUUUAUGAAUAAGCCGCAAUAUAUUAAACCAGAAAGUCCUUGUAAAAUGUUUCCAUUUUUAUUAAAAACUUGUCAAGUGCU